GAUAGAAUACUGAAAAAGAGAUUUAUUCAACAAGAUGAACUUUCCAUGGAAAUCAUUUAUCAAAGAGUCGCCGGAUGUUCCUAUAAACUCAGUAAAAAGUCCACAAAGCUACCUGAAUUUUGACAGUGCCGAAGCACGAGCAGCAUACGAAGAAAUUGUCCAACAAAAAUCUGAUGCAACGGAACUACCAAAGGAAAAUAGUAAUUACCACCAAGAACAGCCAAAUCUUCAAACAAAUAAGUUUGUAAGGUCCUGCGGCGUUACAAUAACUCGGGUUGCUGAAAACAAUAGUACUAAAGUUUCUACUAACUCAAUUUUGAAGGCUGUAGAACAAGGUGAUUUGAUUUUUUUAAAGCAACACCUAACACCGGAAAAUGUAAAUGUAACCGACGACUUUGGAUGGACGCCGUUAAUGUUGGCAGCAUAUUGUGGCCAGCCAGCAAUCGUAGAACUUCUGCUGAAACUCGGUGCUAAUAAAAGGGCAAGAGAAAGAUCUGGCCUAACGGCGGCACAAUUAGCUUUAAAAAAAAAUUUUAUAAAUAUAGUAGCUCUCCUUCGGAAAAGAAACAUUCUUGAAAAGACUGAAAGUCAAUUGUCAUGGAAUUUUAAACUAAAGGAGGAUAUAAUAGAUAUAACGAAAAGUAAUGCUGUAAAUUUACAAAGUGAAAUAUUAAGACAAGGUGAAAGGAACAAGAGCACUGAAUUUUACUGCGAAAUUUGUAAAUCUCACUUUAAAGAGACUACAAUAAAAAAACAUGAAACUUCAACAUUGCACAUAUUCAAUACAAAGCCGAAACUACCUAGCGCAAUUUAUGGAAUAUCAAAGCAAAAUAAAGGCUAUAAAAUGCUUAUAAAUACAGGCUGGGAUGAAGGUGGUGGUUUAGGACCAUCCGGAAAGGGCUUGAAAUAUCCUGUAAAAACUGUGUUAAAAGCAGAUCGAAAGGGUCUCGGUCACCCAACGGAUCUUGAACCAAGGGUAACCCAUUUUAAACCUGGAGACCCUAGUGCAAUUAUUUUAAACAAAGUACCAAAGCAUAAGCCAUUUAAAAUGAAAGAUCGAGAAAAAUUACUCAGCAAAGAAUCUAAGAAAGAAAGAGCUAUACGUAUAGCACUGUCUUAAAUGUAACGAGAUUAUAAUUUUAUUA